CGACAACUAAUCCAGAGAUCGCACAUCCCUUGUUGCAGAUUCCAUCGGAACUCACAUCAAGGAGACACGGACGCCUUCGCUCUCAAGAAGAAGAUACAGACCAUCUUCGCUUUGAAGCAAGCCAAGCAGAUCGCGUUUCUUUCUUGCGCACCCCCUUUUAUAUUUUCAUCUCUAGCUGAUCUUCGCCUCGUUUCUGGCCGCGUUGACCCGUGUGUGUAACCGAGGACCAUGCCAUCAAAGAAGCAAAAGGCUGGCAAGUCCGGCAAGUCGAACAGCCCCGACGCUUCGCGUGAUCGGAAGAUGCGCCCCGCGGAUGACAUCAUUAAGCGUAUCACGUGGGAUAGCACGAUUUCGUCUAGCCUUGUGAUUGUUGGGUAUGAAGAUCGCUUUGUUGGCGUGAAGGAGCGAGCUUUUGAUGAGUUCAACUGGGUGGACGACCUUGGUGCUCUUUCCCACAAGGCCGUGGCCAUUCCAAGACACCGCAUCGUCUACUUCAAGUACAGGGACACUAUUAUUUGGGACCGCCCAAACCGUGUGGAUCGCGUGUUUGGAAGCGCUGGAACCGGCGUCAAGCUAGAGGAGACUGUGGCCAAGGCAGAUGCCGAGCAUCAGGCAAGGUUGCAGGAAAUGAUGGACAACAGCGAUGAUGAUGAUGGUGAUGGUGAUGACGAUACCGGUGGUGCGACAAAUGCCAAUGCGCAACGCGACAACAAUGACGACGACGAUGACGACGACGACGAUGAUGGUGAUGAUGAUGAUGGUGAUGAUGAUGGGCUGGCAAACGAGGUUGGUCGGCGCCUGCGCUUGCGUCGCGUGCGGGAUGACUCGGAUCGACCCAACUACUUUGUCAGUCUGCGUGUGGACCGCCCGUCUGUCGUGCAGCAGCUGAAGAGCUGGCAGGACGCCAUUGUCAGCCGCAUCCCCUGGCUCGCAGACCACCUCAUCCCAAGCCAAGCGUUCCACAUCACGCUCGUGACGCUGCGCUGUGCCACCUCCAGCGACAUUGCAGCUGCAGCCCUCGCCCUCCGUUCCUUCAGGUCCCGUGUGCAUCGUGUCGUACCGCCAUCGAACCGCUUUCUCGUGGAGGCGCCAGCCAUGUUUGGGGACCGGCUCGUGUAUGCGUCUGUCAACGAGCACAAGUGCAACAUUCAGCGGCUUGUGACCGAGCUGUGUGCGCAUCUCGAAGGCGCAGGCGUCGCCCUUGUUGGAAACCGCACCCCAUUUGUGCCCCACAUCUCCAUUGUCAAACCAUCCCGCGCAGCCCUCCAGAACAACGGCCGCCUGCCGCUUGAUCUAUGCAACGGUCUGGAAGCACCGAAAUCUCUUUGGCACAGAGUGGAGGCCCUACACCUCAACAGGAUGUCUCCGGACAAGGCUGAUGACGGCCACUACCAGCGCGUCGCCCACAUCCCCAACGCCCGCGUGGGCGUGACUGCCGCUGCUGCUGUUGAACUCGUACAGCAGCGGCUGUACAACACUAGCACGGGCCUUGUUGUGAUCAUGAAGGGCCUGCCUGGCUCUGGCAAGAGCACCACCGUGCGCAUGCUCAAGCAACUCGACCCCGUCGCUCGCAAAGCGGCAGCGUCGACCAGCGCCCCUCCUCAGGCUGCGAGUGGGGCUGGUACGGCACCACCACCACCAGCAGCAACAACAACAACAACAUCAACCGCGCCACCAGCAGGCAGUGCCGGUGAUGCCACCAAGCUGUCGACAACCACCACCACUAACACCUCCAAGAGCACCACUAGCACCACGACAGACAACGAGAGCAACACGAGGGGCUGCAGCGACAGCACCGCCGCCACCAACGGCGUUGUUGUGUGCAGCGCUGAUCACGAGAUUGAGCGGCAUGCGCGCAAGACCAACACGACGUACAAGGAGGCGUGGAGCAAGCAGCUGACCAAGGCCGCCCACGAGAAGUGCAAAGAGCUGUUCAGGGAGAGCUUGGCAAGCGGUGUGCGGCUGGUGAUUGUGGACAACACCAACAUUACGCCAUCGCGCUACGAGGCAUAUGUGGAGGGCGCCGUGGCUGCCGGUUACGACUGGUGUGUGGUGGAGCUGGGGUGCUUCUCGCGGGAGCAGGCGACUCGCUUCUUCCAGCGCAACACGCACCACCUCGAACCCGCCGUGUUCUUCCGCAUGUACAACAUGUGGGAGGAGAGCCCCGAUGAUGGGCACACCAUCAUGAUCGACCAGUAUGACCUCAGCGACGACAGCAACAAUGGCAGCAACAGCGCCGCAUCAACAGCAGCAGCAACCGCGCUGACGCCAGGCGCUGCCAGCACGACUGCAACCACGACCGCCACGUCAGCGAACGCAUCGAAGAACGCUGGUGCUACCAAUCCUGCCGAUGCUGAUGUCGAGGUGAAGCUGACACCGCGUGCAAGCGCCACUCCGGCAAGCAUGACGCCACGCCCCCAGUGCGAGGUGGUGUAUACGGGCCUGUUCCUCACGCAGGAGGCGCGUGCGCUGCUGCGUGAACGGCUGCCCAAGCGCCACACGACCGAGCACCUGGACCACGUCACCCUCGCCUACCGCCCGUCCACGGAGAUGUGGCUCUCGCUGCCGUUUGGGGAGCGUGUGACCGUUCGCGUCGAAGCGGAAGUGUAUGAUGCGCGCGGGCAGGCCCUGGUCGUGUCCUGGCGUCGCACCCGUGAUGGUGACGGUGACGGCGAUGACGAAAGCGUGGAUGCGCUGGCGAGUUUGAAUGCCCAUCCGCACAUUACAGUGUCGACCGCAGGUGGCGUUGAGGCCGUGUACUCCAACACGCUCCUUGCAGCUGCAGCCGCCGCCCCUGAACUGGUGACAGCAACAGCAGAUGCUGCCACCUCUAGUACAGGACGGGGACUUGUUGUCAACAGGCUUGAUGGCGCCAUUGAGGUGGAGGCGGUUGCUGGCGUGUGCUUCCGGGACGCGCAUGGAAUAACGCGCGUGUCGCACAACCGCAGCUCUGUCGUUGCGCCGAUUGCGAAGAGCGCUGCCGUGCUGCCAGACAUGACAGCGCCCGUUGCCAAGCCGCAGCUGUAUGUGUUUGACUUUGACAACACCCUCAUGCUCGUGCCAGGGAAGGAGGAAGGCUCGCGUUUCUACUGGCAGCAACACGGCAAAGCGUGGCCCAAGGACAGCUGGGCGUCGCAGCCGGAGAGCCUGGCCCCAUACAUGCCCCUCUUCCCAGGCCCUGCCAUGCAGAUGUUUCGUCAUAUCUUGCAUGCACGUGACAAUGUCGAGGUGGUCGUGCUGACGGGGCGCCUGGCCCCCAUGCGCGCGCAUGUGCAGCGCGUGCUUGCAGCCUUUGGCCUGUGCCCAUCCUCCUUCCGCCUCAUCUGCCACCCUGGCGGCGGGCAGGACACGAGCGUGUUCAAGCGCGACACCGUGCGCGACAUGUGGGAGACGGCCCGGUAUUCGCGCAUCACGUUCAUCGACGACCUGGGCAAGACGCUGCAGGGCGUGGAGUCCCUGCGGUCCGAGUGCGGCGCGCGUGUGGAUGUGGUGGACGCCAACACGCUCUGGUCUCUGGCAGUCCCCGCAGCCGCACCAGCGCUGGAUGCCGCACGCGAUCACAGCAGUCGUGACGGUGCUGCUAAUGGCGGCGACGACGAUGACGACAACGUUGACGGUUCAGACACGGAGGAGCACGAGCAGCAAGUGCAGCGCGCUGCUGUUGGUGGUGCUGUUGCUGCUGGUGGCGACAGCGGUGGUGGUGCUGUUGCUGCGCUGUGCGAUGAGCUUGGGCUGCUGUCUCGCCCCAGCGGCUACGAUGCUGCCGUCGCCGCUGGCAUAGCGCUGGUGACCAGGUGCUGGGCACGCGUGCUGCGCGAGUGUGCCGACAGCGCAGAUUACGCCGCCACCUUUGACGUUGAUGCUGCGGCCGCGAUUGUGUUUGGCUCGCACACCAUCGGCUGCCUGUCGGACGUGGACGUGUGCCUUCUUGCUCCUCUCGUGCGCAGCACGUAUGCGGUGCAGCCGGCGUUUCUCAUCUCGCGCCUCUUUGCAGUCUUAGCGGAGGAAGGUGCUGCUGACGUUUAUCUCGCAGACAAGGCCCGCUGCCCUCGCAUCGUUGCCAGGAUUGCCUGCACCAACGCAGCCACCGUCACCCUUGACCUGAUUGCAGCAGUGGUGCACGCUGCACAAGUGGAGGAGAUCACGUCCUGCGCCUCGUUCCUGCCGCCGCCGGCCGCUGCAUGCGACGACGCGUCUGUAAUUGCACUCGACGGCAUCGCGGUCAACCGUGCACUGCACACCCUCCUCCGUGCCCGAGGCAUUCCCAUCCAAACAGCGGCGAGCGUGCUUGAGGUGGCGCGGCUGCUGCUGGAGUCGAUUGGCGUCUACGGCACGGGCGUUGUCGGCCUGCGCCGCUUCCACCUCGUUGCCGCGUUCAUGCAGGUUGCGCGGGAGCACCAGCCGGACCCGACGUCGGCACACGCCACGGGGGACGCGCUGCUGCUGUCGCUGCUGUCGUUCUUCGCAAACGGGAACGCGCAGGCCCUGCUCACAUCGGGUGCGAGCGAAGGCGGCGUCAAGAAAGGAGGGACGGUCGCGGCGGCCACAUGGGGAGAGGUCGCGAGGAUGUGCAAGCGCUGGCUGCGCUUCCUGCGGAGCGAUGGCGUGUCUACUUCGACGCUGUGCCAGCUGGUGCAGAGCCACGGGUGGAAGGAGAUGAACGCGCACGAUGCCGCAGUGGCCGCCACGCUGCUGCAGAUUUCACGCGACCAGCACCAGGGCCCGGCAACCAACACGGGCGGUGCUGCUGAUGAUGAUGAUGGCGACGAUGAUGACGACGAACAGGGCACCCAUGCCUCUCAUCCCACCACCACCACCACCACCAGCAAGAGCAAGGGCAGCGCGUCGGCGUCAUCCUCGAAUGUUGCGGGCGGCGGGUCUGAGAUUGUGAUUGCAUUUGCGGGCGACAACAGCCACGUGGCGUGGCAGGCGGAUUUGUUCCUGCACGCUCGCCUGCCAACGUACAUCACCCACCUUCAGCGUGCAGCAGCUGGUGACGGUCUUGUUCGCGUGUUCACGGGGCAGCGGCGUUUUGUGGAUGCGUUUGAGCGGCCGGAAUCGCUGCCAGCGAACAGCGUGGACACGCACGUGCGUGCUGUGCUGUGCCGCGCGAUGACACGGGACGCGAUGCUCAAUGCUCUGCAGCCGCUCUGGCGCGAGCUCGAGCACUUCCGGGCGCAGGGCACGUGCAUGGCCAUCUCCCUUGGCGGCGAGGCCGUGUUCCGCGACACCACCACCGCGUCAUCGUCGUGGACAGAUGCACGCGUGAGCCAGGCCGUGCGAGAGUUUGUUGCGUCCACGGACAAGACGCGCGCCCUGCCCUGCCACAUCACCGCGUACCAGCGCAAGCUCGUGCACAGCAUUUGCGAUAGCCUUGGCACCGUCAGCAGCCGCAGCGAAGGUGCCGGUGCCCUGCGCCACAUUGUCCUCUCAAAGAAGGCGUGAGUGAGUGAGUGCUGUGUGGGCUGGGUGUGUGGUUGUGGUUGUGUGUGUGUGUGUGUGUGGUUGUGUGGUUGUGUGUGUGUGUGUGGUUGUGUGUGGUUGUGUGUGUAUGUGUGUGUGUGUGGUUGUGGUUGUGUGUGU